AUGAGGCAUAUUCUAUUGCUCUCGAUUCUAACUGCGGCUAACGCCUUCUAUUACAAACGAACAAUGUAUGGAGAUGCAAAUGAAAAUGGGGGAAUGGCUACUCCAGAUUAUGUGAAUGCUUAUUAUGGAUUCCCAUCUGUUCCACCACCACAAGAACCACGUAGGCGGCCAUCGUUCAACAUGUAUCCACCACAAGGAUACUUCCGUAGAGAGCAUCCAUUUGAUUUUGGACCAUUCGGUUAUGCUAACUCAAGAGCUGGAGAUGCCAACAUGGGCGAGGAGAAAACCGAUCGUGAACUGGCCAUGAAGAACGCCAAACCAGGAUUCUGGAGACAAAGAGAAACCAUGGAAAGAAUUAAGAAAAUUAUUGAUGAACGAAGAAUGAAUAUGGAGCAGAAACACAUGCAAAUUAGAAGAGUUUUGUCAAAUGGAGAAGAAGAAAUGAGAUCCAAAUUUGCGGAUCUCCACAAAAGAUUGAUAAUGAAAAACAACAAAAUGGCUUCUUCCACAUCGGUUCCAGAAUUGAGCAAACAAGCGAAGAAACUCGAAAAGGAGGUCAAAAAAGUGAUGGAGAAUAAGAAAAUGAGUGUGGAGAAGAAGCAAGAAAAGUUGGACAAGCUUAUGCUAAAAGCUCCAGAAUCUGUGAAAAACGAGUUGAAUGCUAUUAACGACUCUGAAUCUUCUGCUCCACUUCCAGUGCCAGUUGCUCUUCCAUACCCAGCUCCAGGACAACAAGAGGCUCUCAAUCGUGCUAAUCCAUCAAUGGCUUCUCAACCCGAAGUCAUGAAUCGUGUUCAACAGACUCAGGCAGUCGUUGAAGCUCGACAGAUUCGAGUGUCCGAAGAUGGAAAGACAGUCGAAUUCUAA